GCUCUCCAUAUUACCUUGUUAGCAGGUUGCAAGCUAGCGGAAUACAGGCGGUACAGUGCGGCUACGAGGGGGAUGUCCCACCCUUUUUAAUACAAGCUGAGGACUCCGUGAGUUUAAAACAAUUUUUUUAUCGGCUCUACACCAGCGGGACCAACUUCCAAACUUUGACGAAAUGACGACGCGGUCGGAGCGAGAAAAAGCCCAGAAACUGAAUGAGCAGCAUCAGGUCAUUCUGUCUAAACUGCUGAGGGAGGCAGACAACAAGCACUGUGCCGACUGUGAUGCAAAAGGUCCUCGAUGGGCGUCAUGGAACCUCGGGGUGUUCAUGUGCAUCCGCUGUGCCGGCAUCCACCGCAACCUGGGUGUCCACAUCUCCAGAGUAAAAUCUGUCAAUCUGGACCAGUGGACCCCCGAGCAGAUCCAGAGUAUGGUGGACAUGGGCAACAACCGGGCCAAACGGCUGUACGAAGACCACCUCCCGGAGAACUUCAGGCGGCCACAGACGGACCAAGCAGUGGAGGUCUUCAUCCGGGACAAGUACGAGAGGAAAAAGUACUACAACAAGGAGGCCCUGGCUGCAGCUCCGCAGUCGGAGUGUAAAGCCGGUCCCAAGGAAAGCGCGGAGCCGGCCGUGGACCUGCUGGGCCUGGAUGCUCCAGAGGAGGGUGGGAGGGGCUUGGUUGAUGCUGCACCAAUCGGCGAGGAACUGGACAUCUUUGGACCAAUGGUCUCCAACCCUCUCCCCUCUUCUAACAACACACAGCAGUCCGGCUCCGGUACAGCACCUGGACAGGCAGACCCCUCCACCUCCUCCUCUGCCUCCUCCUCCACCUCCACCACCACCACCACCAAGGCGGAGGAGAAGAAGAAGCUUCUUUCCAAGGACUCCAUCCUGUCUCUGUACGCCAGCAGCUCAGUGGCCAGUCAGCCGCAGAGCCAGCAACUUCCUGUUCCGGGACAAGGAAUCCCACCGCAGACCAAAAAAAUCAUCGCCCCCCUUGUAGAAGGAAUGUACGUGGGCCAGCCUCAGAUGCAGUUCACCCCGCAGGGUUUCGCUCCGGGGGCGUCCGGAGCCGUCCCACCCACCACCACCACCACCACCAUGAUGGGCGGAGGAGGGGCCGUGAUGCCCAACGGCGGCUACGCGGGCAUGCAGCAGCAGGGCGGGAUGCCAGCCAGCCAAGGGCAGAACAUGUACGGCACGCAGCAAGGCCAGUGGGGCAUGAGCCAGAUGACCCAGCAGAUGUCAGGCAUGGCUGUGAGUGGUGGCCAGUCGGGGGCCCCUGCGGCCGGCUGGCCUGCGGCUCCCCCGCCGGCUUCCGGCCAGACCCUCAGCACUCAGCUGUGGAAGUGACGAGCAGGAGGUCCGGAGGAGGAGUUUGUGGGUAGGGGGGGGGGAGAACAGAGGGCAGUCAUAUGUGGCAACAAAAAUGGCCCCUGACCCACCCAACGGGGUAGUUUGACUGCCUUUAAAAUAAAAAAAAUAAUAUCUACCUGCCAUUCCUUAAAUAAGAUAAUAACAAGAAUACAUCAAACUGGAUGGAGCGCGGGGGGGGGGGGGGUAUAAUAAAGUUUGGCAGCUGUCAUUUUCCGCCUUCAUUCAGCUUCCUUUUCUUUGUUGUUGUUGUCGAGACAAAAACAACAGAAUCUGCAAGAAAAAAAGCUUCUGGGCCGAUAACUUCAAGUGUCUAUUGUAGUAAUAUUGUAUCCUUACCAGAACGGAUAGUUAGUGAAUAGUCUUUCAACACCUACAGUAGAUAUGGCAAUCGUGUGGUCCCUCCCUCUGCCCUGUAUAGUGUAACCCCCCCCCCCCCCCGUGGGGCCGAUAGUCGUCUGAACAGUUCUGUAUUUAUGUGAUUAUGAUGUGAAGCUCCCACUGUUUUCAGAGUCGAGGAGGGAGCGCGACGCCUCUCUGUUACUUUUGGUUUACGUUUGACCUGUUUGACGUUCCAGAGGUCAGGUUGUCCCGGUUGGAGUUUACAGACAGUAGCAUUGCUGAAACGGGGGUUUGAAGCUGCUUAUUUAUGCCACACACGAAAAACAACAACAACAAACAAACACGUCACAUGACUCGCUAACCGAACCGUAGAAAGAAGUGAGAUUGCUCACUCGUCAUCAGCUCUGGGGGGGGGGGAAAGAAAACGAUGACUGCGUUGGAAAUAGCUAACAGGGUUGCACAUGCUCAGUACUGAUCGCCGGGCAGGUGCUAGUGACGAUGUUACGUUAGCCAGAGAUAGCAACAUUUCAGCAAUCUGAUUGAUACUUUGUAUUGGAAUUUGUAUCAGGAAAGGAAAAUAAUGGUUAAUGGUUGGGGCCCAGAUGAUGCAGCCCCAAAAGAUUCUUUAUCCACCCCCCCUCCCCACUACCAAAGCAAAAAGACUUGACGGGAACCUAUAUAUUUAAUGGUCUACAUUUGCAAGAUUGGUAAAUGACUGCACCACCCACAGGGUUGUCAUUGUAAUAAAAUAAUCAGUCAGCUCAUCCUUAGAUGAAAAGAUUACCAAUGUUGAUGAUACCGCAGACAAUCUCUUUGCAUGGUAUCGAGCUGGAGCCGGAAGGCGGUUAGCCUAGCUUAGCUUCCAGACUUAAAGCAGGGGAAACAGCUAGCCAGGCUCUAUCCAACGUUUUAAGAGUACCACGGCUUCAAAAGCUCAUUCAUUGACUGAAAAUACCCUUUUUGUGGAUGUCGCAAUAACGCAGUAUUCACAGUCCAACACACGUACUCCAAUUAAUAAAAGUGUUUGCCAAGCCCUAGUUUGCUUAAGAGAGUCAAAAGCUAAAAAUAAAAAAAAGGGUUUGGAAGCACAAAUAAUGCCGUUUGUCACACGCCGAGCUGGUUGAAAACAACCUCCGAGGCUCUCGCUAAGUGAUGCCGGUCCCCAGCUGGGGGGCUCUGACAGACGGGCUCAGUAGAAGACCUGCAUUUGUAGAAAUGAGCCGUUUCCGCGGAGCUCCCCGCCACAUUAAUGCGUUAUGUUUACUGCACUUUAAAUAGCAGAGUAGGACGUGUUGUAUCUCCGGAUGUGCCGUGGUUUCGUCAGUCAGGUUGCUUCACUUCCAACUUCUACAAUUAGUUUUUCUUUAUUUUUCUUUUUUAAACUGGACCAAUGUUGCUCCCCUUCAUGUGUGAUGCUGUAACUGUAUAUCUGUAUAUUCUGCCAUCCACCAUCUUUGUUGUGGUGUUUUGUUGUGUGCAGUACAAGAGAAGCACAGUUAUUCUGAAGCAAAUAAACCUGGAUGACCAAUCAGAGGGCUAGACAGCGUUGGUAGAAGGGGACCUGUAUGAAAAACGCUGGAUAGGUCCCACCACCACCGUCCAGUCCUCGUUUAUUCAGAGUAAGAACAGAGCAGCAAGAGUAAGAUUAAUAAACAUGCAUAUUGGUGUCAUCGAUACAUGUCGAUACUGAAUAUUUGAAUCAGUUUCAAUACUCGUGUUCAACAGUGUGAAUACACAGCUGUGCUCCCUCUUGUUUCAGAACGGCAGGUUGACAAAAACGCACACUGCUAUUUAUCUUUUAAUAAAGAUCUCAGAAUUCA